AUGUCUCUAUGUCCGGACGCUGUUAUGUGUGAAGCGGUGUUUAGAAAAGUGCUUGAGAGAGUGAAUGAAAUAACGAGCCUUAGUAUAGACUACGUCGCGCGUUUUGAACCAGGGCCAGGAUCGGAAUCUCGUAUUGCGUGUAAGCAUGGGGAAAAGGAAUGUUUUGGAAAUAUUCUGGAACUUUGUUUCCAAAAUUCUUAUCCGCCGCCAACAUAUCAACGUAACUUUUUCAGGUUCCUACGUUGCUUAAAUCGUGACCUAUCAAAAAAAGGAACCCAUUCAUAUACAGAAAGAUGCGUUUCGCAGGUUGGACUAGAUUAUACACCGAUUGCAGAAUGCGCUGAUUCUGCGUUAGGAAAGCAGUUAUUAAGGGAGAGUGUGAUGCGAACUUACGCGUCAAAUGUCACAAAAAGUUGUACGAUUUUUGUAAAUGAGAAGCAAAGGUGUAUUAGAGAUGGAAGUUGGUAUGAUUGUCCAGAUGGACAUCGUGUUUCCGAUUUUAUCAAGACUAUCGAAGAUGAAUAUGUAUUUGAUGUUUGA